AUGUCAGAGCACUGGGCUUUUCGAUGCUGGCUUGUAAGUAAUAAAGUUUCUUUUGGAGCCUUACUGGAAACCCAUAUCAAAGAACUCAAUCUGAACCAGGUUUUGACUGCCAUUUGCCCCAACUGGUCCUUUCUUUCCAACCAUGCCGCUGAUGAGGAUGGUCGGAUAAUUCUGGUGUGGAAAAAGCCUUUCUCUGUCGUUCUCCUCCGCCUAUCAAAACAGACUCUGACGUGUAAAGUAAGCUUUCCUGGAAUCUCAGACUUCAUCUUCACUACUGUGUAUGCAGCGAAUACUUUGGAAGAGAGAAAUGAUCUUUGGAUUGAUUUACUGGAAACUGAAGCUGCCCUCUCUCUCCGUAACACAGCUUGGCUUAUGGGAGGAGACUUCAAUGAAACUCUGCACCCUUCAGAGCAUUCUCAGCCUGAUUUCAAUCAGAUCACCUCUCCCAUGAUUAACUUCAAGGAUUGUCUUGACCAACUUGAGCUAAGAGACCUCCGUUAUCACGGAACCAAGUUCACUUGGUCCAAUAACUUGGCUCAGUUCCUUGCUCCAGAUAUCUCGGACCAUUCUCCCUGUUGUAUAAAUCUUGCUUCGGCUCCUCCCUCUGUUGGAACUCUGCUUUUCAAAUUUUACAACUAUCUCGCCGGCUGUUCUAACUUUCUUGGAACAGAUUUUACUCCAGUCCACUGCCACUCGCUAAAGGCUCUCUCUGCAAAACAGAAGCUGAUUAAAAGCUCCCUAAGAAGCCUAAACAAGGACAAUUAUUCGGAUAUUCAAAAGAGGGUCAGUGAGGCUACGGACCUGCUCAGAGCUGUGCAAUUAGUAGAGGCCACUUCUGCUGAGGACGUGGGCAACCUCGCUGCCUUUUACUUCAGGAAUAUCUUGGGGUCUCCCAUGCAGUUCAGAAGUCAACGUCUGGUUCCCUUGAUCUCCCGAUUUACUAGAGCCCUCUGCUCACCUGAGGAUGCAAGCAAUCUAGCCUGUCACCCUUCCCCUGAAGAGAUACAAAAAACCAUCUUCAGGCUGAACCCCAAUAAAAUUUCAGGUUCGUAUGGGCUCACCUUUGGAUUCAAUAAAGCCGUCUGGCCAAUUUUGGUUUUCUUCUCCAGCGGUCUCUCUACGGCUGAAACCCAACUAAUUGAGAGUUCAACUGGUAUCCCACAUGGGGCAUUUUCGGCCAAGGUGGCAUGGACCUUAGUUACUUCCCCUAAAGAGGAGGAUGGCUGGGAAUUAAGAACCUCAACACUUGGAAUCGAGUAUGCUCCCUCAAAUUUCUCUGGCUUCUCCUCUUUAGAACUGAGUCCAUUUAGGUUGACUGGAUACAUCAGAACGCUGCAGGACACAAUGUUGAUGUGGAUACGACUUAAACCGGGAGAUGGGCAUACAACAAUAUUUUGGUCAGACCCGUGGACUCUGUUUGGGCCAUUGAUCAACUUCAUUGGUCCGAUGGGACCUAGAUUGAUGGGGAUCCCUAGAGAUGCCACUGUCUCAUCCAUUUGGAGAGCUAACUGUUGGGAUCUCAUCCGUAGAUUUCACGUUUAUGCCAUGAUCAGUAUUGGUGUCUUAGGAUUUCUUGUUUGGGCUCAUCAUAUAAUUGACGGCUCUACCAAAGCAAAUUUCUCUGCAAAAACUAUCUAUCACCAGAUCAGGGAGCAAAACCAGGUCGUCGAUUGGUCUCCCAUUAUUUGGCUCAAAAGAGGAAUCCCGAAACAUAAUUGUCUUGCCUGGCUCUUUAUCCUCAAUCGCUGCCCGACCCGCGAUCGCCUUCUCUCUUGGGGAUUGACUACUGAGCCGAUUUGCCUUCUCUGCAACACGACUGAGGAAUCCAGAGACCAUUUGUUCUUCGAGUGCGAGUACUCAUUCGCGGUUUGGUCGAAGCUCGCUCAGAAAUUGGGAUUCUCUACCACCAUCCGCGACUGGAGCGUAGUCGUUGAUGGACUUCUAUCUAUAACCCCGAAUAACUCGCGCAAAUAUCUUAUGAUUCUCGCUUGGCAGGCAACCAUCUAUGAGCUCUGGAGAGAUAGGAACAAUCGGCUUCAUCGCAGCAUACACAAGCAUCUUAACCUAAUCCUUAAAGGUAUUGAGCUAACAAUCAAGAAUAGAAUUUCGGCGUUCCGGUUGCAGAAUCCUCAAGCAGCAAAUAACGUAAUGCAACUUUGGAUGUCUCUCUAUUAA